GCGUUUUACUGGUUAUUUAUAUACAAGUUUGGCAAAAUGUAGGAUGUAAAAUGAUCACCCAGGCAAAUGCUUUUCUCAAUAAAAUUGGUAGUGGAAAAUUGCUCGAGAAAAUUAGAGAUAAGUGCACAAUAAUUUUCAUUUUGAUUUGGAUGUCACUUCCCACCCAAAUCAACACAUUUUGGGACACUGAUGAAGACCGCCAACAGCAAAGAUUGAUUCAGAAACGCAGUCACGGUAUAUAGAGAACUAACGGAUCGAUCCCAGAGCUCGCGAGGGUUCGUUUUUUAUUAGAUUCAAUAAUUCGAUCUUGAAUUCGAUUUCAUAAAAGCGCAAUAUCAUAAGAUCACAUCGAUCACAUGCUGCGCAUUCGCCGCAAUAGAGCAGCAAUAGAGUCUGUUCUUAUGAGAAGCUCUCAGCUGCCAGCACGAUGACGAACGAAUUGGAAGAGGCGAUUUUAAUAUGGCGUCAUGUUUCUCCUGUAUUUUUUCUCAUUUUACAAUUAUUUUGUAAUGUUUUCAAAGCAUUUUCGUCACAAAUUUGACAAAUUAUUUUUUUUUUAUAUUUUGAGUAUAAAAAAGAGGAAAAAGUUAAAUUUUAUUUUAACAAAUAAACUCACCAUGAUCUUCUUCGAACACAACUUUCACUUCUCUUGCACAAAAGGGCGUAGCAUGUGUAGUGUCGGAAUCUCGUGAAGGUUGCAUAACUUUAGCAUAUUUCUGCUUGUGGGCUAAUCAUUUACUGUUAAAAUUUCGCGUUAAAAUUGAAGAUACUACAGAGGAAGACAUAAAUAAUGGCACUUGGGGCUUCAAAGCCCUCAAGGCGAGAGGAAUUUCUGUGCCACCGAGCUCUGUCCAGGAGACUCAAGCGCAGUCUUUACUUUGGUGGACGUGCCACUGAUGAAGCUGGUAGCCUUCCCCUCAUGGCGGCGGCCAGUCGCGAGUUUUCGGGCCGGCCGGGCCGCCAGCUGCGCUCGCUGGCCAUGCGGGACGUGACGAGCAUCACGCACCAGGCGUGUAUCUCGCCGGCGGCCGUAGUGAUGGCGCUCGUGUACCUGGAGCGGCUGGCCGACCUGCGGCCCGACUACCUGAGGCGGACACACCCAAAACACCUGUUUGUCACGUCCACGCUGGCCGCCAGUAAGAUGCUGUACGACGACGGUGAGCAGGAACAGGUGUUCAAUGAUGAGUGGGCCGCCUCCGCGGAGAUGACUGUCGACGAACUCAACGCAGCCGAAAUCGACUUCCUGAACGCCAUGGGCUGGGAGCUGUACGUGCCGCCGGGCACGUUCACCGAGAUGCUGGGCCGGGUGGAGGCGGGCGCCGCGCUGGCAGAGUCCUCGCAGCGCGGCGGAUGGCUCACCUACUCGGACCUGCUGUCGAUCGGCAGCGCCGCCGACCUGGCAGCCACCGUACAGCUGCUCAAAGACGCCCUGAUCAAGGUGGUGGCCGUCUGCUCGGUGGCCUACCUGGCCUCGGUGAUGACCCUGAUGAGCUCCGUACUGCUGGUGUUCCACGCCCCGCCGCCGGCGCCGGUACCCCACCGGGCAGUGUUCGUGGCCCGCCCGCCGGCCGCCGCACCACCCGCCGGGUCCCCGCUGCCCCCGCCGUCCGCUCUCCUGGACCAGCUGUGUGCUGCCGCCGCUUCCUCCGGUCUGCUCAUCCUGGCCGCCCUGAACCCCCUCGCCGGAGAUUCUGAAGGACUUGGUGCUGGAACAGCCGACCGACCGAAUGUCACCGAGAGGCUCAGUGGCGAAGACAUGGACGACACCCAGCGGCCGGAGCUGCAGUCUGAAGUGCCGACCGCCACCGACAGAUGGCUGGAGGAGACGAUGAAUGAUACCUGGAGGAAUCUGCGGAGCCCGGCGCCCGAUCCGGACGAUCCCGGCGACUCGAUCCAUUCUCGGCUGUCGGUGCUGACCCCGCGGCGACUGCCGGUCCUGACCAACGCUGCGGACACGCUACCUCCCUCCGCCUCCUCUGACCUUGUCCAUCCGGCCGUCACCACCUCCCUCCCGCCCUGGGAGCUGGCCAACCUGACCACGGCCGCGGGCGGACCGCUGUGGUGCCGGGGGGACGGCCGACAGCGCGCCUGGCCCCGUCUCGGCCUGCUGGCUGUGUGUAGCUGAGCGGCUCCACGCUCCGCCGCCCCGCCCCCGCCUGACCUGACCCCGCAUGGCCUCGCUCCGCCGCGGGCCCCUCGUCCGCGGCGCCUCUGGAUUGUCUCAAAAGGCUUGUGACCUGCCAGUUGUUCGCAGUCCCGCACCGCCCGUAGUAGUUUGACCAUCGCUCUGUCCCGUUGUCUCUGCAACUCGGUUUGACGUGCACGCUCUAACACGGUGCGAGAUGUUUAAUCAGGGUUUAUUUGGACAGGUUCUUGUUAAAAUUUGGUGAUGAGCUUUCAGCGCUGUUGCAUACUGUCCUGUUAUUGUUGUCAUUAACUUCUCCGGAAGAUAGGCUUGACGUGAGUUUUGUGUUGCUUGCCAAGUAUUGGAGCUAUUAGCUGCAGAGGUAUGUGCUUACUUCAGGCUCAACCACAGGUAUUCGCUUUCUCGCUGUAUCUGAUAUUGGAGUGAAAGGUAUGCAUUUGUUGACGAUCUAGAUCUGCUAGUACACUGAACUUACGGUAAUGUUUUCUAUCGUAGCAACAAAUUUGUUUCAGUGUUGGAUUUCUUAAACUGUGCCAAUUGCACAACAUUUGUAACAGAAAAAGGUAGCUUACUUUAUACGACUAAAACUAGCUAUAGUAAUUAAAAUGUAGUGUAUGGUCGACGACUGAGUGAUUUUUCUCAACAAAAGCCGGUAAAAUACACUUUGCAAUUUUUC